UUAAGGUGUUUGAGUGUGUGUAUAUGUGUGUGUGUGUGUGUGCGUGUGUGUGUGUCUCUAUAUAAAGCCCUGCCGCAUUGUCAGACUGCUCUGCUCCUGCCUCAGACCCACACACAACACACUACAAGUAACCAUGACUCAGCAACCAGUCAGUCUUCCUGCGAAGCUCAUUAACGGAGGUGUAGCAGGAAUGGUCGGAGUCACGUGUGUGUUCCCCAUUGAUUUGGCCAAGACGAGACUUCAGAAUCAACGCAGUAGCCAGCAAGUGUACAAAAACAUGAUGGACUGUCUGAUCAAGACGGUUCGGUCUGAAGGCUAUUUCGGCAUGUAUAGAGGAGCAGCAGUCAAUCUCACCCUGGUGACCCCUGAAAAGGCCAUUAAACUAGCCGCUAAUGACUUUUUCCGUCAUCAGUUCAGCAAAGGAGACUCCAGAUUGAGUGUAUUUAAAGAGAUGCUGGCAGGAUGUGGAGCAGGAGUGUGUCAGGUGAUCAUAACCACGCCUAUGGAGAUGCUCAAAAUUCAACUUCAAGAUGCAGGAAGGCUUGUGGCUCAGAGGAACGUAGCUGUGAUCCCGGCUCUGAAGCUCGGAGCAGGGAGUACGGUCAUAAACUGUACCUACAGCUUUGGACCAACCACGCACAUUAGAAGAACCUCGGCCAUACAGAUCACACAGGAAUUACUGCGCACUCGAGGCAUUCAGGGACUUUAUAAAGGACUUGGAGCCACACUAAUGAGGGAUAUUCCGUUUUCUGUCGUCUACUUCCCCCUGUUUGCUCACCUGAACCAGUUGGGAAAACCAUCCGACGCUGAAAAUGCGCCAUUUUAUUGGAACUUUGCUUCAGGCUGUGGUGCUGGAUGUGUAGCCGCUAUUGCAGUCAGUCCCUGUGAUGUGGUGAAGACAAGGUUGCAGUCGCUCACUAAAGGCACACAAGAGGAGACGUACAGCGGUGUGAUGGACUGUGUCAGUAAGAUCAUUCGUAAAGAAGGCCCCGCUGCUUUGAUGAAGGGCGCCGGCUGCAGAGCGCUCGUCAUUGCGCCGUUAUUUGGCAUCGCACAGGUCAUGUAUUUCAUCGGCGUUGGAGAAUUCGUCCUUGGACAGUUUCCCAACUUCAGAAUCUAAAUGGCAUUAACUCAGACAUUGGAACCAUAUGAGCAUUAAAGAAAAAGUCUCUAAGGCAGCUACACUGUGACCAUUUGUAAAAUGACAUGGUGUGAGUUGGAGAUUUUCGAUGGAAAUGCUAACAUUAGCAUCUUACAGGUGGCUUUAUUAAGAAGCAAUGACAAUGUUGUUGAUUUUUUUAAACAUUUUAAAACAAAAUAUCUCUGAUUUCCCUCAGUGAGGGAAGGGACGCCUGAGAGUACUGUUUUUAAUACGCCUUUAUCAACUUCCCCUCACAAAAUAUAUAUUCUUUAAACUUUGACUAUAGAGCUGCAUUUAGCACUGGCUGUUUAGCUGGAAGUUAUGCUUCAGAAUCUAUAGCGAGGUAGAUUUGAUCCCUCAUCUAAAGAACUUCACUGCCCAGCCUGACGGAUGUGGAGAAGGGAAGUUGAUAAGGGAAUAUUAAACACCCUACUGACCCAAAGCCCCAUUGUCCGACUUGCCUGCCUGGCCCAGUUUGUCUGAGACUUCAGAGAGGAAACUUUUAUUAUCAGUGGGCAGACUUGGACAAUCCUGUUUAAAGUCUUAUGACCAUUUUCACUAGUGUGGUUAUGAUACCUUUAAAAAAAGAGGAUAAUCAAAGCUCAGAAUUUCAGAUGCUGUUUGGAAAAAAUUAUAUUAAUUUUGAAUAGGAUUUUUCUAUUGUUUCAGACCAAGUCAAUUUAAAAGAUGAAUAAUAUAGAAGCUUCUGAGUGGCACAACUGAAAAGAAUCAUGAUACUGUGAGUUUGGAUCCAGAUCUUGCCAUUGCCAUCCAUGGCCAGGAGUAAAGCCUUAAUCUCUCACCUACAGUAUAUCAAUCAUAGUGACACUAGCCAAUUGUAGACACCUGUGAGUUCAAGGAUGAGGAAGAGGGCAGAUAGCGCUUUCCUCUGCUACACUGACCUGUGACACAUCAUGUAAAUAAAGAAGCAAUGAACUGGCUUGUGUAUCAGAGGAAGUUAUCUGUCAGCCUUUCUGGUUGCUAGUUGUCGUAGAUGGCUGGUGGAUGAGACUUGGCAGGUGAACAAACAAAUGCAUAAGUAGAAAAGUUUUACAGUGUUAAUCAGUGACAUACCUCAGAAUCAUACAGUUGAUUCAAAAGUCUGAAUUAACCAACCAAUCAAGUGCCCCCUUUCCACCAAGCCAGUUUGAGUGCUGGUUCAGAGCAAGAGCCUAAUUUAAAAUCAGUUCUUUCUUUUUCGACACCCAAAGCACCGGCUUUGAACCAGGAAAAGUGGUUUUUAAGUAGCACCAAAACAUUGCUGGUAUAGACUUAAGAACUGCUUGCAUCAGUGGCUGGGGGCGGGGUUACUGUGACCAACAAGACAAAUGUUGUUAGCGCUACUUUUAAAUCAUUUUAAAUCAGGAUUCACCACGUUUGGAUGCCAAUGUAGGUUCGCACAGCCAUGAGCAUUAACAGUAAAGCAACAUCCGCCAUUGUUGAUGUUGUGUUUGCCGCUGCUACUGUUGUAUACAGUGACGUAAGGCUUGGCUCUGUGAUGGCUCUCUAGCCCAUGGAAAGGCAAACCGGUUCUUAGAAGGCUUGCCAGAGGAACCAGCACUCUGAACCUGCACCCGGUUCUUUCUGGUAGAAAGGGGGCAUACAGUAUGUGCACUACAGACAAUCCUGUGUAUUCAAAGCUCCUUUUCUAAUAUGGGACAGAAUAAACAAACAGAAUGCCAUUUAAGCAUACUUUUUUGUGAAGAUGUAAAUAAAAAACUAAAAUGAUAACCAGUA